CACAAACAAUACCCCUCUCAUGCACAAGACGGUUACUUUAAAGAACAUAAUAAAUACCCCUGUACUGAGUAUAAUGAAUAUUAUAAGAAGCAUGGUAAAUAUCCCUCUACCAAGGAAGAAGAAUAUUCCAGCUAUAAAGAGUACCAUCAUAUUGCCGUAUCUGAUUAUUAUAAGUCUUAUCAUAAAUACCCCACUCACGAGCAAGAAGACUUCUAUAAAGAGCACAAAUCCUACCCCACUCACGCACAAGAUUAUUAUUAUGAAUUGCAUAAAAAAUACCCCUCUAAAGAGUGUGAAGAUUUUUAUAAGAAACGUGAAAGAUACCCCUGUACUGAGGAAGAUGAGUAUUAUAAGGUACAUAAAAAAUACCCCUCUACCACAGAAGAGGAUGAUGAGUGCUAUAAAGAGUAUCAUCAUAUUACCGUGGAUGACUAUUAUAAGAAGUAUCAUAAAUAUCCUUCUCACGAAGAAGAAGACUAUUAUAAAGAGCAUAAAGAAUACCCCUCUAAAGAGAGUCAAGAUUUUUAUACUACACAUAAAAGAUACCCCUGUAAUGAGGAAGUAGAGUAUUAUAAGGUACAUAAAAAAUACCCCUCUACCACAGAAGAGGAAGAUGAGUGCUAUAAAGUGUAUCAUAAUGCUACCGUGAAAAAGUAUUAUAAGAAGUAUCAUAAAUACCCCUCUCAUGAAGAUGAAGAGUAUUAUAAGAAGAAUCAUUGUUACCCUAAAACUUCAACGACUACUUCAACAUCCUAUGGAACUACUGUAGUACACAAGAAAAAGAUUCAUUAUCAUCAUCACAAAUACCCCGUAGAAAAAUCUUCCGGAACACCCUCUGAAAAAGUGGUACAUAAGAAAAAGAAGCAUCAUUACAAGCACCCCUACCCCGUUGUAGAAGAUACUGAAACUACACCCUCUGAAAAAGUGGCACAUAAGAAAAAGAAGCAUCAUCAUCACAAGUACCCCGUUGUAGAAGAUACUGAAACUACACCCUCUGAAAAAGUGGUACAUAAGAAAAAGAAGCAUCAUCAUCACAAGUACCCCGUUGUAGAAGAUACUGAAACUACUACUACUACACCCUCUGAAAAAGUGGUACAUAAGAAAAAGAAGCAUCAUCAUCACAAGUACCCCGUUGUAGAAGAUACUGAAACUACUACUACUACACCCUCUGAAAAAGUGGUACAUAAGAAAAAGAAGCAUCAUCAUCACAAGUACCCCGUUGUAGAAGAUACUGAAACUACUACUACUACACCCUCUGAAAAAGUGGUACAUAAGAAAAAGAAGCAUCAUCAUCACAA